CUUGUAGAUUUUGUCAUUCCAUGAUUUCGAUGUCCGAAAACGUUCCAAUAUUUACAGUUUCAGGACUUGAAUAUUUUAUAGCCAGCCAAAACGGUAUCUUUUCAGAUCAAGCUCUGUACACGUGCGUGCUUUAAGUAGCCGUUCAGGCAAUGCAUUAAGUCUGAGAGAAAGAACCAGAAAGGGUAUUGAAUAAAGCAGAGAUUUGUAUCAUUUAUAUAUAAGUUUUAGGAAAGGACAAAUACUCCACAAUGACUGGAUCUAUCUCACAGUAUCAAUUUUCGAAAAGCAUCAGCCUGAUAUCAAAUACAACCAGCGUUAGGCUUCCAGUGAUGCAGAAUAGCUUGCCAUCAGCUCGACCCCCACUCUAUUUUGAGUCCAUAAUAUCCAAAGGAUUGUAUUCUCUUCUGGUCUCUUAUUAGGAUAUUUGAAACAUAAAACCUUCAAGCUUUGGCGUAUCUAUGUUUCCAAUUUCUGUCGGUAAAUUAAAAUCAGAUAGUAGCACGG